UGGCCCGGCGUCGGGGCGGCAUGCCGGGGGCGGCAGGGCGGUAGUGGCGGCGCCGAGUCUGUACCGGGGCGGCGGGAGCGGCGAUGCGGCUGCUCGGCGCCUUCCUGCGGUUGCUGGUGGCCGGGACGCUGGGGGCACCGCCCGCCCCGGCCCCGGAGGAACGGGGGACCGCCAGCACGGAGUCUCCCGUCCUUACCUUUCGGGAGAUCUGGAAUCGUAGUUUCUGCCGGCCUCUGGAGCAGCUGGUGGACGUCAUUACCGAAUUCCCCAACGAGGUGGAGUACAUUUUCAGACCCUCCUGCGUCUCCCUGCAGCGCUGUGGAGGCUGUUGUGGGGACGAGGGUCUCCGCUGCGUCCCCGUGGAGACAAGCACGGUCACCAUGCAGCUCCUGAAGAUAAAGCCAAACGGGGAGGCACCCUACGUGGAGAUGGCGUUCACUGAGCACAAGCAGUGCGAGUGCAGGCCCCGGCAGGACCUGAUGAGGUUGGGAAGGAGGAGAUCCAAGGGCCGAGGUAAGAGAAGACAAGACAAGAAGGGACGGAAAGACUGUGAACUAUGUGGCACACCGCGCAGGUAGCCUCUGCCCUGCCCCCAGCCUUGCUCCCACCACCUGGGUUUGAGACAGCUGCUUUUGUCCCCAGCAUGGGGGACUUGUGGAGUCAUGUCCCUCCAAGCUGCAGCGGGGAGCAGGACUCCAGCACGGAAGAGCUGACUGUUACUCUUGGUUGGCCCUGGUGGGAACACAGCCUGGCACCAAGGACUCCCUUGCCCCAUCUGCCCCAUUGGCAGCAAGAGAAAAGGACUCGUGACCAAGCCUGGGGCUGAAGAUGAGGAGCUCAAGCCGUGUGUUGGUGUUUGAGGACAUUCUAGGGGCAAUGAGGAGCGAAGCUGGUGCAUGUGCUGCUGGAACUGGCUGGGGAGGGCAGCAUGAUGUGGCAGUGAGCGGAGAUGGCUCACAGGGCUGCACCUGCAAAACGUCUCUGUCCUGCCAGCACUCUGCAGCUGGGAAGGAAGGAAAUCUGGGGCAGGCAAGGCUGUAGGGCUGCGUCCAUCCCAGUUUUGGCAUGGGACAGCCCAGGCAGGUGCCAGGGAUCUUGCCUGCUUGGGAACAGAAGGGAACUGGGCUCCUCAUGUGUUCACAGCUACAUCUCAGCUUUGCCCUGCUCAAUAAAAGCUGGUCAGACAUGGGAGCUGGCAGCUCCUGUCUGCUUUCCAACAAGCGCUGGGAACUUCCCCGUGAGCACCCACUCAGGCUGGAGUAGGGCAGUGACCCAGGGUUUGUCCCCUGCACCAAUCCUGACGCACCAAGGGACUGCCCUUGGCAUGAUGCUGGAGAUGGGCAACCAGCAGGUUGCUCCCUGGGCUGGGGGCUAUCCAUGCGCUGGAAUUCUCCCAGCUGGGUACUGGGAGACCCUUGGGUGAGCUGCCCUUCCCCUCCACACCACAGUGUGGGACUGGUACCUCUCCUUAUUCAUGGUGCCCAUCCUCUUCUCACCCCAGUCCAAAUGUCUGGCUCACCAUCCUGUCCUCUCUGGCAGGGCUGAUGCAAAGUUUAGGGCACUGGGGGGCAGGCUGCCCACUCAGGAAAUACCUCACCAAGGGUCAUUUACCUGACAUGGGCACAGGCUGGCCUGGGGCCUCCUUUCCUUACUAGGAAUCCCCUUAGGGUAUAAGGAGCUGGUGGCCCUCAUCGAGGUGGCUGUGGGGACUGUUUCCUGCUUUCCCCACUCAGCCAGCUCUCUGCCCAGGUCUACGGGGAAGCUGCAGCCCCUGGUUUUCCAUGCUUUAAGCAGUUCUCCCGAGGCUCUUCCUGUCCCCAUUUCCACCCCUGCUGCAGUGGGUCUGGGGCUGUCUGCCAAAUGCAUCCCACGCUGAUCUGUGCAAACCAUAUCCUGGAGCAGUGCAUAUAGCUGAAAACCCUAGGGGUGAUUUGGCACUUGUGUGUUUGUGGGGCGCUCCUGGCACUGGAUUAAAAAAAAAUCAAGGGUCAUUCUUGAAAGCUUAAAAAAAAGACUGGAGGGCAAGAUCUGCAAAGGUUUCAAGGUUGCCCUUAAAUUAUGGGACCUGUGGUUUAUCCUGCUCUGAGGAACAGAGGGUGGAGCCUAACGUAGCAAGAAUUGGGGUCUAAGGUGGCUCCUUCCCACAUCUGACAGGGCUGCCUGUGACGGGGGUUACAUUAUGACUCUCUAAGCCAUAAUGCUGGUGUUGCCUGAGGCUGGCACAAGGAGGUGGGGACAGGGCAGAUCCCUGUCAGGGAAAGCUGGAGGUGAUGUUGAGGUAAUGUGAACCUGCAUAUUGCCACCAUGUAGCAGGGCUGGACUGUGUUAGUUGUAAUGGUGUAGCUGGGCAUAUCAUUCAGGAGCUUGCUGGAUCCCUUUUGGAUCCCAUUUCCAGGCAUCCACAGUAUCCUGGGGCACAGCCUACAUGGGCUUUGCCUCAAAAAUAGCCCAUGAAGUUCCUCCUUCACUACCUCAUAGAUGAGGGGAACUCGCUGCUCCCCUUCCCAUAUCACUCAAAGUCUGUGUGGACCGUGUGGUGGCCUGGUGCACACAGCUUUCCCUUUCACUAUGUGUCAUUUCUGCCCAGCUGGUUUUGCUCUGAGGCCAAGGAGAACCACGUGCAGCACUUGAGGAUGUAUGUGAUGGUUUCUGUAUUGUCUUUAAUACCCCAGUAGUAUUACAUGUUUAAAAAAGGAAGUUACAUAAAUCAAGUAUGUUAAUUAAUAAAAAUAAGUUUAUCAAGACUCA